GACAAUCUCCAUAUCAGUAAUUCAGUACUGAACAUUUUGCACGGUGCAAGGUGGAAGGUGGAAGUCAGCAGGUUGCAACGUGCUGCAGGAUUGUUACGCAUAUACUGUAUUUACCUUCGUUCUUCGUUUUCCCUCGUUUCUUCCGUUGUUGUGUUUCUUUUGUUUUACAUAUAUGUUAGUGUGUGCUUCUAUAUGUAUCACGUUGCCCAAAGGACUACACUACAGCGUUUAUCGUAGCUUCGUAGAGGAUAAACUUUAACACGAUCUUCUGUUGUUUGCCUUCUUAAUUCAACAUAAGCAUCAGGAUAUCGAUCUCCUUCUCCGAUGGCAGAUCACGAUAACAUUUACGAUGACGAGGAGCUUGUAUCAGCGAAUCCAAAUCAAAGGAAUUGGCGUGGCAUUUUGAUAGCUCUUCUUGUGAUCGUUGCGGUCCUGACUUUAAUUGUGACAUCGGUUGUCUUAUUAACACCGCCAGAUGAGGGUCCCAGGGUACGAGGUGAUAGAAUAAGACUUUCUGAGGUACUCUCUGGAGAAUUAACACCUCUCCUCUUCAAUGGAACAUGGGUAAGCGGGCAGCACAUUUGCUAUCGAGAUAUAUGGGGUGGAAUUUCGCUAUUGCACGUUUCCCCAAAAAACAUCACUUCCCGCAGUUUAAUGUCCAAUGAGACCUUUAGGAGACUGAAUCCCAGCAAGUUCUCAUUGUCACCGGAUCGUAAUUAUUUACUCCUUGCGUACAAUGUGAAGAAACUGUUCCGAUACUCGUAUUUAGCACAAUAUAGAAUUUAUGACGUAAAUACAGGAGAAAUUAUACCAUUGACUCCAUAUCCUGAGAAGGAUAUCCACCCUUACCUUUUGUUGGCACAAUGGACUCCACGUGAUCAUGGUUUAGUUAUGGUUCAGGAUUAUGAUAUUUUUUAUAUAACAAGCCCUAGGAGUAAUACAGGAUAUCGUGUUACUAAUACAGCAGUUCCUGGUAUUUUGUCAAAUGGAUUGUCUGACUGGCUAUAUGAAGAAGAGAUUUUACAUUGUUCAGAAGCAAUUUGGAUGUCAUCAGAUGGCCAUAUGAUGCUGUAUGCCUCCUUCGACGAUUCACUUGUUGAUGAAAUGUAUAUAUCUUGGUAUGGGGACGGAUACAAAGCUUUGUAUCCUCAUAUACGAUCUUUGCGUUAUCCUAAGCCAGGAACACCAAAUCCUAUAGUACGGCUCUAUGUAGCAGACUUGGCAGAUCCAAAGAACAUUCAUACGAAGGUAGUGAAACCGCCACCUAUCAUCGAGCAUGUAGAACAUUACUUUACAACGGCUUCUUGGAUUUCAUCAACGGAAGUCUGCAUAACAUGGUUGACUCGUGCACAAAAUCUUUCUGUUGUGACUAUUUGCAAGAGCCCAUCGUGGCAUUGUCAGGAAAUUCAAAAGAUAGCAGCUGAAGGUCGUGGUUGGGUAGAUACUCCUCCAGAGGCACCUAUUUUUUCAGCAAAUGGCAGUAGUUACAUUGCUAUAAGCCCAAUAAAGGAUGGUCCAACUGGUUAUUUCAAACAUAUUGUUUGGGUAAAUGUUGCCCAAAAAUUAGUCGUUCCACUUACUCAUGGAAAAUUUGAAGUUACACAAAUAGUAGCAUGGGAUCAGCCUAAUAAUACCAUAUACUUUAUAGGUAUUCCACCUAUGAGACCAGGACAGAGGCAUCUUUAUUAUGUGAGUUCAUUGUUACCACACGUGGGUUCGUCUCUACAUCCUGCUGUUUGUGUUACUUGUACAGCAACAUCAGAAGGAAAUCGAAAUAAACAUAGAACGGCUUCAUCUGGUAUUCAUAGUGCUUGGUCUGACAAUAAUUAUAUACAUGAUCAUUAUGAAACACAAACAGAAAGUAUACAAGAUAAAUAUGUCGGACAGCCAAAGGAAAAUGUUACAAAGAAACAGAAAGCGAAAACAUACAUUACGCCAGAAUUUACCGAUCAACCUUGUCAAUAUCAUAAAGUUAUUUUCCCACCAGUUGGAACUGAUUAUUUUGUUUUGGAAUGUUUUGGGCCUGGUAUACCCACUGUUACUUUAUAUAAAACUAAUUUUCCUAUGCCACGUCUUAUCCAUGUCUUACAGAAUAAUACAUUAUUACGUGAACGAGUUGCUAAACUUGCACUCCCACAAAUAAAAACAUUUCCUGUUCAAAUAAGUGGUGGAUAUAAUGCACAAGUAAAAUUGCAUUUACCACCUGGACUAAGAGAAGAUGAAAUCACCAGAUAUCCUUUAAUUGUACAAGUGUAUGGUGCACCAGGCUCACAGCUAGUAACAGAAACGUUUAAAAUUGAUUGGAAUACUUAUUUGGCUAGUAGAAAAAAUAUGAUUGUUGCACAAAUUGAUGGGAGAGGUAGCGGAGGCCAAGGCUAUAAGUUUCUUCACGAAGUGUAUUAUAGACUCGGCUCUGUAGAAGUUGCUGAUCAACUUGAAGUGACUGAGUAUUUGCGGGAUUCAUUGCAUUUCGUGGAUAAGCAACGAGUGGCUGUUUGGGGUUGGAGUUAUGGAGGUUUCGUAGCUGCCCUUGCGCUGGCGCAUCCUGGGCAAGAUGUUUUUGAAUGUGGUAUAAGUGUAGCACCUAUUGUUUCAUGGAAACUUCAUGAUUCAGCAUAUGCUGAAAGAUACAUGGGUUUACCAGAUGUUAUAGCAAAUUAUAAAGGAUACGCCGAAUCGGACGUGUAUGAGAAAGUGGAAAAUUUACGAAAUAAAAUGUUUUAUUUAGUGCAUGGCACUGCAGAUGAUAACGUCCAAUUUCAACAAUCCAUGGUACUUACGCAUUACCUUGCAAAAAAAGACAUACUUUUCCGACAACAGAUAUAUCCAGACGUGGGUCAUAAAUUGACAGGAGUGAAAGGUCACCUCUACUUAUCAAUGGCUCAAUUUUUGGAUGAUUGUUUCCAGAAACAAGUACCUACUGAUGCAAAACCUGGUCUCAUCAGUGGUGGAGUUUGUCUGUAGUUGUAAAUAAUGUGAUCUAAAAAUGAUCUACUUGUGAAGGAAGUCUAUACACAAAAAUUACACCUAAAUAUCUCCAAAUUGUGUUCCGUUUAUUGAUACCUUUAGGAGAAAAAUAUUUUCGCAUUAUUUUGUAUAUCGACUAAAUAUUAUAAGAAAAUGGUGUAAAUACAUAAAAUUAUGUUUGUUAUAUUUUAAAUUGGAGAUCAAAUCUAAAUGAAUGAAAGUGAUAAAUUCUAACAUUAUUAAACAUAUAUUAAAAUACAUUACAUGUAAAUAUAAUUUUGUUUAAAAACUGUUAUAAUAUUUUUGUUGUGAACUUAAAUAGGACUAUUUGGUGUUUUCUUUAUGUAUGUAUAUCAUGUAAUUAGAUUAAUUUAAAAUAUUAAAAAGUUUCGUUACACGUUUUCAAUUUCAUUUUACAAUUAUUAGUUAAAAACAAUUUUUGAUUGAAGAUUGUGAUUACCAGGAUUUGUGCUUUAAAUAAUCGUAGUUUUUUUUUAUUUAUGAGGUUCAUAAAACGUUCACUUUGAUUAUUUAGUAAUAUAAUGCUUUUAUAAUACAAGUAAUUAGCAAUAAAUACAAAACUUAUAUUAAAUAUUAGCAUGAGCAAAAAGAAAGAAAUAUGAGCCAAAGGUAAGUGAAAAGAAGAAAAUACAAAGGCAUACAUUAUUCAUUGUAACUAAACUUUGAUUAAUUUUACAAAUACUAACGACUUUUAUUCAUUUAGAUAUUGAUUGUUCUUCUGCUAUGGCGAAAUCUAAAAAUAUAAAGAUUAUUUUAAACAUCAUAUAAUUUUAUCAAAGGUAUGCAUAUGUCAUUCGCUGUAAUUGCGAAACAAAUAUUAUCGGAACGAGGUAAAAAGGCAAUUACUUCUCUUCAUCGAGUUGAACGAUAUGAAAUUGUCAGGAACGAUGAAAAUUCAUGAACCGUCAAGCACUCGAUGUAAGGGUAACUUUUUCCUUCUUUCAUUUAGAUUCUUGUAGUUAAACAACGCGUUUAUUCCUCAAUGUAUAUUUCUUAAAUUUCCUAUAUCAUAAGAAAUGAACGUUUCACUCAAAGUUCAUGUGAUUUCUCUUACAUACAUAGAUCUAUCUUAACACGAUCUAUUCACUACAAUAAUAAUCAACGUAACACUUUAUAAACAGUAUUAAUUAACUUCGAGGAACAAUAAAGAAAUUUUAUAAAAAUAACAUUCAAUUAAUUGUUCUAAAUAAGAUAUAAAAGUUAACGAAAAUGGAUCUUAUGGCGUGAUAACAAUACGUACUUACAUACUAAUUUUACCUGAAUGUAAUGAGCAAUUGAAAACGUUACUAACAAUAAGAUUAAAGUGUAAUUGUGCGUCAAAUUGUAUUGUGCGCAAACUUUGCGCACGUGUUUCUUUAAACAGCGAUAUAAAUAGGGAGAGAUGUUUAGACGAGUAAUUUUCAUUUUUAUCUCGUACAAUAGUAUAACAAAAUACGUAUAGAUUUCUCGAUGGAUUUUCUAAAUUAUCGAGGGGGUGUUAUCGGUUGGUCAGUAGUCGGAAAUGGAUUUGACAAUCUUCUUGUUCGAACACCUGCCAAGAUGUAGCAGCAUGUGGUUUUUAAGAUUAGUUGGUUUACUGAAACCACGGCUACAAAUAUGGCACCUGAAUGGCCAUAGUCCAUUAUGCACGUACAUAUGACUCUUAAGAUCUCCCGGUGUUGGGAACGACUUGGAGCAUUGUGAACACUUGUGUGGCUUCUCCUGAAACAUAAACGUUAAGAGCACCCUUCACUGCGAAUUUAUACUACGAAUAAAUUGAAACAAAUCACUGUUUUGCGAAACAAUGUAAUUUCAACUUGUAAAACUUUUAGUUCUCGUUCAUAAGAUAAGAUUGUAAGUUUUACAGUAAAUUCAAAACGACAUUACUUCUUGUGCUAUGUACUAUUACUCGUCGUUUUCAAGCGUUUGCUGGUUAAUAUUUAUAUUUAAGUUUUCUUCAAGGAAAAUAUUGUGAAAUAUGUACACUUCGAUUAUGAGAAUCUUCGAUGAGGAAUAUCUUAAAGGAAGUUCGAUAAAUAUUAUUGUAACCCGCAUAUUUUUUUUUUCUUUUCAUUGAAUACUAGCACCAAAAAAUAGAACAUUUCUUCUAUAGUACAAACUACUACCUAAAUAAAGAUAAGAUUCUAAACUUAUUUUUAUUUCACCAACUCGCAAAAAUAUAUAAAAAUCUAUGAAAUGUUAUACCGAUUUACGAUGAAAUGAUAUUAUAAUAGAUAGAAAGAAAUAUAAAACAACGGCAUUGAUUGCGAAGAAAUUUGUACAGAAAUAAAUGCUGUUCGUUAUUGUAUAAAUUGGAGUUAAAACUGUUAACUUUGAACGAAUAAAGGAACUCACAACACGAA